AUGCCAAUCAAAUGCAGGAUUGUUACACACACCGUCAGACUGGAGUUAGCCGAUCCUAGAAAUUGGUGGAGCGGUGGAAAACCGUGGAGGAACGACAGGCGACACCCUCGAGGGGGAAAGAAGACGGUGUUUCACCGUGAGGACUCGGAUGAGACUGUGGUAACUCCCUUUUUCCAGGGAGGCUGUAGUGUGGAAAGGGCUGAACAGGAGGGCAGCGAAAGAAUUGUUAUCAAUAUCUCUGGCCUGCGCUUUGAGACCCAGAUCAAAACCCUUGCGCGCUUCCCAAACACUUUGCUGGGGGACCCACUCAAGAGAAUGCGUUUCUUUGACCGACGGAGAAAUGAGUUCUUUUUUGAUAGGAACCGACCAUGUUUUGAUGCCAUACUCUAUUACUAUCAGUCUGGUGGAAGACUUCGCAGACCUACGAACGUUCCGGUUGAAAUAUUUAUGGAGGAAAUUAAGUUUUAUGAAAUCGACGAAAGCGUAGUAGAACGCUUCAUCGAAGAUGAAGGUUUAUUCAAAGAGAAUGAACGCCCGAUGCCCACCACUGACUUUCAGCGUCAGGUCUGGUUGUUGUUUGAGUAUCCCGACAGUUCUGGGCCGGCCAAGGCGAUUGCCCUUAUAUCAGUGAUUAUAAUUGUUAUGUCAGUAAUAGUCUUCUGUUUGGAAACCUUACCAGAAUUCAAAGAGGACAUAGAUGUACUUCGCCAAAACUAUGCGACAAACGUAACAGUUAAUGGAGAAAAAUUAAACCCAUUUACAGAUCCAUUUUUCUUUGUGGAGACACUGUGCAUAACAUGGUUUUGCUUUGAGUUGCUGGUUAGGUUCCUCUCAUGUCCAAGCAAGUCCGCUUUCUUCAAAAACAUUAUGAACAUCAUAGACAUAGUAGCAAUUGUACCAUAUUUCGUAAGUCUGUUCUUGGACCUUGCUGAAUACCAAGGAAAAGCGCAACAGGCUACGUCUUUGGCAAUACUGAGAGUUAUUCGCUUGGUGCGCGUAUUCCGAAUUUUCAAACUUUCAAGACACUCCAAAGGUCUUCAGAUUUUGGGCCACACCCUCAAUGCCAGUAUGCGAGAACUAGCAUUACUGAUAUUCUUUCUCAUCAUAGGCAUCAUUUUCUUCUCUAGUGCGAUUUUUUUUGCUGAAGCAGACGACCCGGACUCCGGAUAUACAAGCAUACCUGCCUCUUUUUGGUGGGCUGUGGUAACCAUGACUACCGUUGGAUAUGGAGAUAUUAGUCCCGUUACCGUAGGUGGCAAAAUUGUUGGAUCGUUAUGCGCCGUUGCUGGUGUGCUGACUAUCGCUCUGCCAGUCCCUGUCAUCGUAUCAAAUUUCAGUUAUUUCUAUCACAAAGAAAACCAUCAGGAUGAUCACACACAGUACAGGCAUGUGACUUGUGCUCAACCGGAGACUUCAUGUGAAGAUAAUUCUAAAGGCAAAAAUAAACCCGCUCUCGUUAAUUCGGAUCAUCCAAUUGACGAUGAUUUCAAUUUAUUAUCGUACUACAGUUUUAACUACGAGGAAUACUCAAGCAAGCUGACUGAUGUAUGAAUUCCUAAAAAGCACUCAGUCAAAUGAGCGUCUUUGUAAGCAUGGCAUUAGGCUUAGGGGCAUGAAUGGUUGGUUCAUUAAUAAAUCAGUUGUUUACGUCUAGAAUUGAAGAAUUUGUGGAAACGGAGCACAAUCUAGUAAGUACUGACUAAAUCAGUACUGUUUUGCUUUAUAAAUCAAGGAUUUUCAAUUCGUGUGCAUAAGUUUUGUUACAGGAAUGAAAUAACCCCCAUG